AUGCAAUCCGGUCCAACGUCCUCCCCAAUCAUCGCGAUAAAUGGCUGCCUCAUCAUAGGUGCUCGGUUCUCACCGGCCGCCUCGGCCGCCUGCCCAAGGCCAGUCGAAGCGUUCUACAGCAUCCCCUAUGCCUCCGCGGAUCGCUUCUCCCAAGCCCGUCCACUGCCACUGGGCUCUCAAACCUCGGGGAAAAGACUAGAUGCUUCACGGCUCAAGCAUGCCGGCCCAAACCCCAACUGCACGACUUCCACGCUGCGGCUCAACAUCACACGUCCGUCAACGGCGUCGUCGCAGCAGUCACUUCCAGUCCUCAUCUACUUUCACGGCGGAGCCUUCAAUUUUGGCGACCCCUCAGAAACUGAUUCAGUCUCGUUCAUCGCCCAUGCCCAGAAGGACAUCAUCGUCGUAGCCGUGCACUAUAGGCUCGGCGUGCUGGGGUUCCUGGCCGGCGAAGGGGAGGCCAACCUGGGGCUCAAGGACCAGAGACUGGCUAUAGAAUGGGUGCAUUCAUGGAUCCCAGUAUUUGGCGGCGAUCCAAAGCUCAUCACUCUACGAGGCGUGAGCGCAGGGGCACACUCGGUCGGGCACCACAUGCUAAACCCAUCUCCCCUGCCCUUCCAUAAAGCCAUACUUGAAUCCGGGUCGCCUACAGCUCGCUCCGUGCUCUCCGCCUCCCAUCCUCGCACCGUUGCCAACCUUGAUAGUGUUCGCUCCAGCAUGCUCCCAGUCAUAACUCCUCCCGGGACUGUCAAGGUCAACUUCCUACUCAACGCCGGCCUCGAUGUAUUCUCCAGGCACACAGACUCCCUCACCUGGCCUUUCCAGCCGGUCGUGGACGGGCCUGGAGGCAUCAUACCGGACCUGCCCCUCAAUCUCUGGCAACGAAAGGCUCCCGGGGGUGAAACCAGCCCGCUCCCAGCUGCUGUCAUAACUGGCUUCUGCACCAGCGAGGGCAUCGACUUCAUAACAGAGAGCUGCAGCGAUUUUCGCUCCUUCUUCGCCAAACUCAUCCCUUCCCUGACCCCUACCGACCUCGAGGCCCUCGAGACACUCUACCCUCCCAAUGACCAAGCAGACCGCGCAGACCUCGUCCGCCGUCUCGGCGUGGCAUACGGCGACUACGCCUACAUCUGCCCCGUCAUCCACACGGCCCACAUGAUCUCCAAGCUCGGCGGUAGGGUGUACCUCUACGAGUUCGCCGCUCUCGUCUCGGAGGCCAACCGAGCAGCGUCGCACGCGAGCCACUCAGACCUUGUCACUCACUCGGCGGUGGGCGCAGCAGACUAUCCGGGGCUGGGUGCCGUGAGCGGGGAGAUGCAUUCCCGCUGGACGGAGUUUGCGGCAUCCCCUACCGGCAUAUUCGCCGAAGACAGAUGGCCUCCAUUCGUGACGCCGUUUGGUGAAGACGACGGCGACGAAGCCAAGGGGAAGUUGCUCGUGUUUGGUCAAGGCAAUGACGAAGUCCCAGGAGGUGGGAACGCAGGCGUGCCGGUCCAGACAAGGACGCUGACGGAAAGGGAGAAGGAGGUCUGCAGGUUCUGGUGGGACAGGAUGGAGUUGAGUCAAGGCGACGGGAAUGCGGGAGUCGUGAGUGAGGCGUACUAA